UGCCUAAUAUAUUGACAGAUGAUUUAUUUAAAGAUGAUUUAAAAAAUUAAAUUAUACCACAUCAUACAGGGCAAAAUUAAGGUUUAAUAAUAGUUUAAUCCUGUCCAGUCCCGAUUAAAAAUGAACUGUCAAAGCAAGUGUUUGCUCCAAAGAUUUUAAGACUACCUAUGCAAACAAAAGACGAACAAAUGGUAAAAUAAUUAUUUGACUUGAUGAAAAAAUGCGCAUGCGUUCUGCAAUAGCAUAUUAAUCUUCUGGGUUGCACAUCAUCUCAUCUUUACUUGUCAAAUAGGAAACUGUUUCUGUGACCCCCCCAAAGGUUUAUUUAACAAAUCCAAGGCCAAAGUGAUCAAAUUAAUUUGUUUUUACACAUUCGACCUUUUCCACGCAGUUUCCAAACUGUGGAGCAUUACCUGUUGAGAGUGUACAGGUCGUACAACUGGUGAACCUGUUCAGAUGGAUUAAAACCAUAAACAGACGUUGUUUAAUUUCCCACGUCACUGGUUUUUAGUACUAUUAUGAAGGUCAAAAUACAGACGAAAAAAUAUUCCCAUAGUGGAGUGAGGCCUUGGAGUGGACAGGGUUCCUCAAUGGAAACCCCUCUGGCGUUUUGUUGUGAGUUUAUUCACCAGGCUGUAAAUAAUUGUAAAACAUUGAUAAAGAGGUCACUGAUCCGUUUGACUUCUAUGUAGGACACACAGACGCACCGAUGACGCACAGUGUGACCCACGUGUCCACUUUAGAUCUGAGGGCCAAUUUCGGCUAAAAACCGCCCAAUAUAAUGCUUUAUUUAAUCUAUGAAACCGUCCGAGCCAACACCUUCAUUAUCAGGCCUUUUAGGAGGCCGCUGCUCCCACAGACAAAGCCUCCAUUCAUUGGAUGUUCCUUUGUCUGUCACGGACACUAGACCCUGACCGUCCGGUACAGUCCACUUCUGUGAAACAGCCCAGUUUGGUGUGGGGUUCAUGAGGUCAGGCCUGGUAACUCUACAUUAUGUUGGGAAUUCAUUAACUGGAAUCACGUGAUUUGAUAAGUGGAAAAGCGAAUUCAAAUGACCGAGAAACUAAAUUCUAGAAAUUUUGACGCAAAUAAUAAGGAAGAAAAACGUCUAAAAAUAUCCAACAUGUCGGUUUAGUCUAUUAGAUUCUGCUCCCCCCACUUGUGGAUAUGAGUGGGGUUUCAUAGUGGUGACAGCAGAGAUCAGAAGACCCUUUUAGUGAGUCGCCGGCCCUGAAGCGCACAUGCUUUUCUUGCAGCUGAGACAACAUCUGGCCAGAUUCUCCAUCUGAGUGUAAUUUACUCUACGACAGACCCAUCGAAAAGCCCAGCCCUUUGAAGUGAUGCUGCCUACGGCCCUGUUGGCCCUCCGCACACACUGACAGCAGCCUGGAGCUGUGACACUGGCCUGCGUGGGUACGGUCACUCCACACAGUUUACCUCCACAAGAUGUCGCCACCAGCGAGAUUUUGACACGCUGCCAAAUUUCUUUUGGUUCGUGCAGGUUCAGGCUGAGGGAAACUUCUCACCCCUGGAGGAUUAAUUAUUGUUGAAAGCCAGGGAAGGAUUCCAGUUUGUGCGCGUCUGUGGACUUACUGUGGACUGUGACAGGGAGUCUGUGGGCUAAGGGGGGAGUCUCCAGUGGAUGUUGCCCUUCCAGAUGUGAGAGGUGCAUUACAAAGACCUGCCACUAGAUGAAGCUCAAGCACAAAAACUCAGAUUUGACCCCAAGAAUUAAAUCCCAUUCUAAUUUGAUGCGUUCUUUCUUCUUCAUCUUCAUUUUCUUCAUCUUCAUCAUUUUCCUCAGUUUUAUUAUAAAAGAAUAUGAUGAGGUGAAAGUUUAUUAAUAAAGGUUUAAAAAGAAGAUUCAUUCUAUUUAUUUAGAUUUAUAUAAACUGGGACAACAAUAUGCAUCAAUCAAAAAUAAAAAAUAAUAAUAAUAAUACAAAAAAAUGAAAUAUAAAAAAUAACCCGUCAUAGCCACAGUAGCAGUGAACUGGAGUAAAUUGACAUUAGUCUUCUUAAAAGUGAAGGAGUGACUGUGCAGAAAGGCCCACGGAUGUUAACAGAUGGCUGGACCCGUAUGGCUUUCAUACUCUUUAGAGACCAAAAACAAAGACCUGCAGAGGCCAGCAGACCCCAACAACUGGACCAGCCCUAAUUAGAGGAUGAGGAGGAGAGGGUGUGUGUGGAGAGAGAGAGAGAGAGAGAGAGAGAGAGAGAGAGAGAGAGAGAGAGAGAGAGAGAGAGAGAGAGAGAGAGAGAGAGAGAGACCCAUCCCAGCCCGUCCUCCUGGAUCUGGCUGCAGACCACUCACCCACCUCUGAACAGACUCAUUUACUGACAGACUUUCUCGCCAUGCGCCGCCAGCUCCAUCCUGGAUCUCUGUCCUUCUGUGUGUGAGAUGUUGUUAAAUGUGAUUCUUAUUCUCACAUCUUUGGUCCUUCAUUUGCGGUUCUGCGCGGCUGAUCUGUGCAACUGGACCGGGAGCGGUUUUGCAGCCGGCGUGGACACCAAGAUUGUGCUGCAGGUGCGGCUGCGCUGCACGGAGGGUUCGGUGAGGUGGGUCUACCCGGGCCAGGCUCUCAGAGUGGUCCUGGAGCCCAACCUGUCCUACGCACGGCGCACCACCGUCUGCAUCAAACCGUUUCCCUCGUUCCGCGGAGCCAAUGUGUUCAUCGAACGGUCCGGCCAGUUGGAGCUACUGGUGACGGAGCAGGGAAGGCCGGAGCAGGUCUACUGUUUCCGCGCACACGGAGCGCACAGGCCGGUUCUGUACCUCCAGGCCGACCUGCAGAGUGAGGAACCCUGGAGCAGACGCACUGUUGGAUUCAGAUAUGAACUGCUGGGCAACAGGACCACUGGACACCAGACUUCCUGUCGGCCCUGCAAUGAUACAGAGCUCCUCAUGGCCAUCUGCAACAGUGAUUUUGUGAUUCGAGGCGUCAUCAGGAACGUGUCCCAUGACUUUGUGAGACAGACGUCACUAGUGGAGGUGUCGGUGGGCCGGGUGUACUGGCAGCGUAGUGGGGUGUUUGAGCCACAAGCCACCGCCUCAGGUUCAUCUCAGUCUAAGCCGUCGUGGCGCGGACACAUCCACACACUCCUCCAGUGUCAUGUAAAGCCCGGGGAUGGAGAGUUUCUUUUUACAGGGUCAGAACAUUUCGGGGAAGCUUGGUUAGGGUGUGCCCCACGAUUCAAAGACUUCCUGUCAGUGUACCAGGCGGCCUGGGCGGCACACCGGAAUUCCUGUGACUUCCCUUUAGACUGAGGAAGAGUGCAGCAGUACUUGUGGCCCUAAUUUGAACCCGGACUCUCUAUCCACAGGCAUCCUCACCUCUGUGGGAUCCCUUUAAUGUUGUCAUGGCAAAGCAACCACGCCAUCAAGGUGGCGUCCAGCAUCAUCAGCAGGGACAAAGCUUUUGAAUUGCUGCUGAAAAACACAUUUGGAGGAGCAAACAGCGGGGCCUCCUGCUCUGGUGCCUCCCGAGGCUCAGAGAGGGCCAGCUUUUGUUUCUCUCCCGUCGCUGCCCUCGGUCCUGGGAGACUAAGAAGGGGUUGGGUUGCUGCUCUCUCUUUGUGCUUCUCCCCACAUUGACUGUUGUUCACUUUGCUGCCUCUGUGUGACAAUUGCCCUCUGAACUGAGGCGGGAGGGAGGACUGAAACAUGGCCAUUUGUAAACGCCAGUGAAGUUAGCGGUAUCUUAAAUCAUCUGUUAAAUGUAGCGUCCUUUCUAUUUAUGUGUGUCGUAAACUACACAUAACCUUUCAUUUCCAGGAUUAUAGAGCCUGUAAUGCAAAGUUUUUCAUGUCUUGAAUUCACUGAGGGACCAUUAACUUUGUAAAGACAUUUAUUCCAAAGAUAUUCAAUGAUACUCUUUGUUUCUUGAAGGAAUAGAUUUUUUGUAUUGAUUCCUCUGUGCUAGUUUUUCAUGGUUUUAGGUUCAAUUAGUUUGUUUACAACAAAUCAACAUGUCUGUCUUGUUAUUUUACACUGUGUGAAACAUUAUUCAAACUGAACAGAUUAAAGAGCUUAUGUUUGACUGCCCUAUAAUAAAGACAGAUGUAAAUAUGUGA